AUGGUUUGGUCCCCUCCUACCACCCAUGGCUUUAAACUCAACUUUGAUGGGGCUGCCAGAGGGGGUGUGGCUGCUAGUGGAGGGAUCAUCAAAACUCACAUGGGGGCCCUUAUUGCUGCUUAUGUGGAUAACUUGAAUGGGCACUCCUCUAAUCAGGCUGAAUCAAUGGCCUUAUCUUGGGGGACUCAUUUUUCCCUCACUAUGGGAAUCGGGUCAAUGAAUAUUGAGGGUGAUUCCAAGCUCAUCAUAGAUGUUGUCAAAGGGAGGAAUAGGCUUAACUGGACCAUUGAGGGAACCAUCAGGGACACCCUAAGGAUCAUUUUUGGGCUCAACUCAUUCAAAUUCAUGCAUGUCUUCAGAGAGGGUAAUGGAGUGGCUGAUGCUCCGGCUUCCCUUGGGCUAAAUAUUUCUAGUAUAAGAUGUUGGAGGAGCCAGAAUUCCCUCUCGGACAAUAUCAACUUCCUUCUUCAUGGAGAGAAAUCUAAAAUAUCUAUCGAUGAUUGA